CCGCGGCCUUCCGGGCAGAGGCCGCAGGGCUGGUGUCGGAGUAGGCUCGCGUCCGAACUGCUGACCGGCCGACCGACCAUGGCGCCCAGCGGGACUCGCGGGCCGACGCCGCGCUGGGCACUGCCCUUCGCCGGCGCCGCGCUGGUUCUGCUGCUCAUCCCGGCGGCCGCCGCGCAGGAGCCGCUCAGAGUCGGUUGUUCUCAGUACACAAACAGAUCCUGUGAGGAGUGCCUGAAGAAUGUCUCUUGUCUGUGGUGCAACGCUAAUAACGCCUGCUUGGAAUACCCCGUCAGAAAAAUACUGCCCCCUGCCUCUCUCUGUAAGCUGAGCUCUGCACGCUGGGGCGUUUGCUGGGUGAACUUCCAGGCCUUGAUCAUCACCAUGUCAGUGUUGGGGGGCAUCAUCCUCCUGGGCAUCACUGUUUGCUGCUACUGCUGCUGCCGGCGGAAGAGGAGUCAGAAACCAGAUAAGGGCGAAGAGCGGGCCAUGAGAGAGCAGGAAGAAAGGAGGGUCCGGCAGGAGGAGAGGAGAGCUGAGAUGAAGUCAAGACACGACGAAAUCAGAAAAAAAUAUGGUUUGUUUAAAGAACAAAACCCAUAUGAGAAGUUUUAGGACGACUGCGUGUGUGUCCGAAAGAUUAGGCGGUCCUGGGCCCUCCUGCAGGCUCAUGCUGCCCAGCACAGGUCAGGAGCCCGCUGCACCCUGGGCUAGCCUCCAGCAGAGUCCUGGAAGCUGCCCUGAGAGGACAAUCCUGCUCUUGCCCUGUCGGCUGUGGCCUUCUGUCCCUCCUGCCUCUGUUCUGUAUUUAGCUGCUCGAGACAUUAAUCUUGCGGGGCCCUUGCUGUUUUCCUUUCACUGUUGUCUGCCUGUCUUGGUCUACAAGCUGAUGACCAGGUGAGCAGCCCACAGUCCGAUGUGCCAGCAGUUCUGCUGCAGCAGCAGAGGUCCCGAGGGCCUCUCUCCACCAGCAAGCUUCACACAGUGAUGGGGACAGUCACCUUCACUGUGUCAUGGGCGAACUGAGCAAGACAUUCUCAU